CUGGGAAUCAUAAAAUAGUUUAGUUAACAGGGUUCUUCUAUAAUCAAUUCAAUACUUUUAUCAUUCCAACACUUCUCCCAUCUGAUUUAGGUCGAGGUUGAAUAUACUGCAGGAUCGAAUUUCAGAUUAGAAGUAAUGGAUGAAUCUCUGGAGCAGCAAAGUCAAACACUUGCUCAAGACCAAGAGAACGAGAUAGUUACUGAAGGUAGUGCCGUUGUGCAUGGUGAGCCUUCUCAAGACGGUAGUGUUCCCCCUAAAGUUGAUAGUGAAGUGGAGGUCCUGGAUGAGAAAGUCGGUAAGCAGAUCAUAAAGGAAGGUCACGGUUCUAAACCAUCCAAGUACUCGACAUGCUUUUUGCACUACAGGGCAUGGACCAAACAUGUUGUCUGUGAGACAGAGAAAAAAGAAAUGGCCGGUUUGGCCAUCGGUGUUUUUAGCAUGAAGUCUGGUGAACGUGCGCUCCUGCAUAUUGGCUGGGAAUUAGGAUAUGGGAAAGAUGGAAACUUUUCUUUUCCGAAUGUUCCUCCUAUGGCAGACUUGUUAUAUGAGGUUGAAGUUAUUGGAUUCGAUGAAACAAAGGAGGGAAAGGCUCGCAGUGAUAUGACUGUGGAAGAAAGGAUUGGUGCAGCUGACAGAAGGAAAAUGGAUGGGAAUUCUCUGUUUAAGGAGGGUAAACUGGAGGAGGCCAUGCAACAAUAUGAAAUGGCCAUUGCAUACAUGGGGGACGAUUUUAUGUUUCAGCUGUAUGGGAAGUACCAGGAUAUGGCUUUGGCAGUUAAGAACCCAUGCCACUUAAACAUGGCAGCGUGCUUGAUCAAGCUGAAACGAUACGAUGAGGCAAUUGGUCACUGCAACAUUGUGUUGACAGAAGAAGAGAAAAACCCAAAAGCGUUGUUCAGAAGAGGGAAGGCGAAGGCAGAGCUAGGACAGAUGGAUGCAGCUCGUGAUGAUUUUCGAAAAGCUCAAAAGUAUGCUCCUGAUGACAAUGCGAUUAGAAGAGAGCUACGAGCAAUUGCAGAACAAGAGAAAGCUGUUUACCAAAAGCAAAAAGAGAUGUACAAAGGAAUAUUUGGAGGAAGAGAAGAAAGUGGUGCCAGGGCAAAGAGCCGUAACUGGUUAAUAAUGUUAUGGCAAUGGUUGGUUUCCCUUUUCAGCCGGAUCUUUCGACAUCAGAGAGUUAAAGCAGAUUAAGGUAUGAGUGAAGCUUGAACAAAUUCAAAUAUAAAAGACCAAAGUAAAAGGUCAACGUCUCAAUUGUUAUACACUAUGUUGCAAUGACUUUGAGAGACAUGGAAUAAUCGCUUUUAUCUUAUUAAUGGUUUGUGAAGAAUUUACAAAACCCAAUGAAGAAUUGGGGUA